AUGAAGCAGUUUAUGGUUUCGCACCUUGUGAUUUGGAUUCAGGUAAUCCUCUUUUUUGGUAUUGCUGAUAGUGAAAGGCCUGAAAGUGUGAAAAUUGGAGCAGUUUUUACCUUCGAUUCUGUCAUAGGUAGAGUUGCAAAAGCAGCUAUGGAAAUGGCUGUUUCUGAUGUCAAUUCUGAUCCAACUGUUCUUAAUGGUACCAAGCUUAACUUGAUAAUGAAGGAUGGUAUGUGUAAUGCUUUUCUGGGAUCAACUGGAGCUUUUCAGGUUCUUGAGCAAGGGGUUAUAGCCAUAAUUGGUCCACAAUCAUCCGCUAUGGCUCAUUCGAUUUCUCAAAUAGCGGAUGCUGUCCAUGUUCCCCUUAUUUCAUAUGCUGCAACUGAUCCAACCCUAUCAUCCCUUCAGUUUCCUCUAUUUUUCCGUACCGUACAAAGUGACUCAGAGCAAAUGUCUGCAAUGGCCGAUCUGAUCGACUUUAACGGAUGGAAAGAGGUCAUUGUUGUAUACUUGGACGAUGAUUACGGAAGAAAUGGAAUAUCUUCUUUGAGCGAUGAACUUGAAAACAGGAGAUUGAAAAUAGCUCACAAACUAGCUUUGAGUAUUCAGUUCGAUCUGAACGAAAUCACGAAAUUGCUCAAUCAAUCCAAAGUAUUUAGCCCUCGUGUUUUCGUUGUUCAUGUCAACCCUGAUCCGAGAUUGAGAAUCUUUUCCAUCGCUCGCAAACUUCAAAUGAUGACUAGUGACUAUGUAUGGCUUGUCACAGAUUGGCUCGCUGCUACCCUACAUUCGUUUCUGCCAGCAAAUCAGAAUGCUCUUAGCAUCGUUGAAGGAGUUGUCGGUCUUCGUCAACAUAUUCCAGAUUCUAAUAAAAGAAGAGAUUAUAUUUCUCGGUGGAAAAAGAUGCAAAAGGAAGGUAUAGCAAAUACUAGCUUGAACUCUUACGGAUUCUUCGCGUACGAUACAAUUUGGACUGUUGCACAUUCAAUUGAUAAAUUUUUGAAAGUAUAUAAAAAUAUUACGUUCACGCUCCAUGACAACAAUAUGGUAGCUCAUACAGAAGGAAUCGGUAUUCAGCUUGAGAAGCUCAAAGUUUUUGCUGGUGGAUCUGAUUUUGUUGACAUAUUAUUAAAGUCAAGUUUUAGCGGCGUGAGUGGUGAAAUUCGAUUUAGUUCAGACAGAAAUAUCAUAAGUAGUGGUUAUGAUGUUAUCAAUAUCAAUCGAAUGAAAAUUAAUAAGGUUGGUUAUUGGUCUAAUCAUUCAGGAUUUUCAGUUGUUCCUCCCGAAGUUCUUGCAAAAAAGGAACAUCGCGGGGUUUCUGUAGAUCAGAAGCUUGCCAAUAUAACUUGGCCAGGUGGGAAAACAGAACGACCGCGUGGUUGGGUGAUUGCUGAUAAUGCGAAGCCGUUGAGAAUUGGAGUGCCAAAGAGAGCGAGUUUUGUUGAAUUUGUAACUGAACUGAAUGAUAGUCACCAGAUUCAAGGGUAUUGUAUCGAUAUCUUCGUGAAGGCAUUGGAGUUUAUUCCGUAUGAAAUUCCUUAUGUUUUCAAGCCGGUUGGAAAUGGUAAAUCAAAUCCAAAUUAUGAUGCACUUGUAAAAAAGAUUGACGAAAACGUAUAUGAUGCAGUUGUUGGAGACAUUGCGAUUGUGACGAACCGAACAAAGAUUGUGGACUUUUCUCAGCCUUUUGCAUCAUCUAGUCUUGUUGUAGUGGCUCCUAUCAACCGUUCAAAAUCAAAUGCUUGGGUAUUCCUCAAACCAUUCUCACCAGAUAUGUGGUGUAUCACUAUUGCAUCAUUUUUCAUGAUAGGAGUGGUUAUAUGGAUUCUUGAACACCGAGUCAACGACGAGUUCCGUGGUCCUCCUAAGAGACAAAUUGUAACAAUGUUUAUGUUCAGCCUCUCAACAUUGUUUAAGACAAAUAAUAAUACCGUAAGCUCGCUCUCGAAAAUGGUGUUGAUAGUCUGGUUUUUCUUACUGAUGGUGAUCACAGCUAGCUAUACCGCAAGUUUGACUUCAAUUCUCACAGUGGAACAACUUUCGUCGCCAAUCACAGGAAUUGAUAGUUUGAUUGCAACUAACUGGCCUAUCGGAUACCAAGUAGGGUCAUUUGCUUAUAGCUAUCUGACAGAUAAUCUUUACGUAUCAAGUUCAAGACUUGUUUCCUUAGGCUCCCCUGAGGAGUACGCCGUAGCACUUCGAAACGGACCGUCCGGUGGUGGCGUAGCAGCUAUCGUCGACGAGCUUCCGUACGUUGAGUUGUUUCUGUCAAAAGAAACAGAUUUCGGUAUUAUCGGUCAGCCGUUUACCCGAAGCAGUUGGGGAUUCGCUUUUCAAAGAGACUCUCCUCUUGCACUUGACAUGUCAACCGCAAUUCUAAAACUCGCCGAAAGUGGAGAGCUUCGAAAGAUACAUGAGAAAUGGUUUUGUAAAAUGGGCUGUCCCGGUGAACGGAAAAGCGACCCUAAACCCGACCAACUUCACUUGAUCAGCUUCUGGGGCCUAUAUCUCUCAUGCAGUGUCAUCUCUGUCAUCGCGCUUGUUCUGUUUAUGCUGCGAAUGAUCCGCCAAUAUGUUAGAUUCAAACAAAGACAGAAGGACAGCGCUGCCUCAUCGUCGGAACCGUCGGACAGUCAUUGUUCCCGCGUCAUUGUGAACUUCUUUAAUUUCAUUGAUAAAAAAGAAGAUGCAAUCAAGAAAAUGUUCACUCAAUGUGAAAAUCCUCAUAACCCCAACUCAGAGUUAUGA